AUGAAUUCUGAUAAGACAAAAAGAAUUACCGAUGAAGCUCAAUACGUCAAAGGCGUUGUAAAGGAAAACCUUGGCAGGGCAAUUCAUGAUGAGAAAUUAAUUUCUGAAGGAACAAAUGAAAAGUUAACUAAGCAAGCUGAAAUGGAAGCAGCCCAAAAAGUCGCUGUAAAAGACCCUCAGAAAGAAAAUCCAUCUAUCGUCUCUCUUGAAAAAGGAAGUCCCAAAGUAAUCAAAAAAUCUCUUGAUGAAUCACCUACCAACGAAUAUGGAAAAGCGAAUCCUGUCACGCAUCAAAAAAUGAAAGAAAUUGACCCGAUGGAGGCAGAAAAUUCAAAGUUGAAGAAAGAGGAAAGUAAAUUAUAA